GCUGCUGCUGCUGCUGCUGCUGCUUCUGAGCGUGGAAUGGCGAGAAGUGGAAGAAGGAUUUGGCAAAGUCGGCCAUUAUGCUUGCAUGACUCUCGAACAGAGAUACGCCGGAUGCAGGUCAGAGCAGGUUCAGAAGCCGAGGUGGGCAGAGAGAGGAGGAGGGUGAUAAGCCAGGGCUGAGGAGGAGGAUCGUCUGGUGGACUGUAGGUAGGAGUUGUAGAGGAAGCUGGAGGCUGCUGUAUAUGAAUGAAUAGCAGCUGAAUAGGAUGAUAAACAGCGACAACUAUGAUAAACAGCAGAACCUGCAGAGGAAAUGGUCGAAGAAGGCGAUGCAGGCAGCAGAAGAAGAUGAGGAGAGCAGCGAAGAAGAUAGGAAGGAUAGAGUUUAGAGUUGACCUAACCCACCGAUGCUGCACUCUGAUCCUGAUUCUGAUAUUGAAUUGAAGAGACUAUAAUACAGAUACUGAAUAGAAGAAGAAGAAGGAGAAGCAAGUAGAAUGGCAUCGGUCGUGCAUUUUGGUCCGUUUGUGGUGACGACGCAGGUGUUCUAUAGAUCCGCGCAUUCGUUUGCGCUCGUCAAUCUCAAGCCGUUCCUUCCAGGUCAUGUUAUGGUGUGUCCGAAUCGCGUCGUGCCGCGGAUCAAAGAGUUGACUCCAGAGGAGGUAUCGGAUUUGUUCAUCACAGUACAGAAAGUGUCGUCCGUGAUCGAGGCGGUGUAUAAGGCACAAUCGCUGAAUAUCGCGGUUCAAGAUGGUCCGUUAGCAGGCCAAUCAGUUCCACAUGUCCACUGCCACAUCAUCCCCCGCAAGUUAAACGACCUCCCCGACGUGGACGACGUAUACAAACUAAUGGACUCGCGCGACGCCGACAUCGAGCUCUCAUUUCAGCAGCUCAAGCAACUGAAUAGCACGACCGCGAACCCGGACGUGCCUGACGAUCUGCGCGCGCCGCGGUCGAUGCCGGAGAUGGAAGCCGAGGCGAGGAUGCUGAGGAGUGAAAUGGAGAGGAGGUUGAAGGCUGCUUUGUAAGGGCUGCUUUGUGAUGUAGGAUAGUAUAGCUGAGUGCGGUAGUAAUAGCGAAGUGCAAUAGUAGCAAUAGUAAGUGGAAUAGUAGAGGUGAAGAAAUAUUAGUAAUCCAUUACAUAACUCAACAACGCGUCACUCAC